AUGGCAGAGUAUCUCAACCUUGGCAAGUUUAAGGUGACGCAGCUCUCCAGCUACUUUGAACCUUUGGUUCUGGCGGCCGUUGGCGUCGUCUCCAAGUUGAUGAAUCACCAGCAGCAAAUGAACCUGCUGGAUCAGACCAAGACCUUGGCGGAAUCGGCCCUCCAGAUGCUCUACGCGGCCAAGGAAGGAGGGGGGAACCCAAAGGUAGAUCUGUCGGUGGCGCUGGGGGGAAAUCUGUGCCAGUCUCAGAGGGCGCCACCAGGGGGCGCUUGCCACAUCUGGGAGGAACGUUGGAAGGUUGAUCUCGUUUCUCUCCCUCAGCUCGAGAAAUGUGCCCAGGACUUGGGAAGCACCUCCAAAGCUGUGGGUUCCUCCAUGGCCCAGCUGCUGACCUGUGCCGCCCAGGGGAACGAAGACUACACAGGAGUGGCUGCGCGGGAGACGGCCCAGGCGCUGAAGACCUUGGCACAAGCGGCACGGGGCGUGGCCGCAUCCACGGGCGACCCAGCCGGGGCCCGCGCGAUGCUGGACUCUGCGUGGGACGUGAUGGAAGGCUCCGCUCUGCUCAUCCAGGAGGCCAAGGAGGCCCUGGUGUCCCCGGGGGAUGCCGAGAGUCAGCAGAGGCUGGCCCAGGUGGCGAAAGCCGUGUCCCAUUCGCUGAACAACUGCGUCAACUGCCUCCCUGGCCAGAAGGACGUAGACGUGGCACUGAAGAGCAUCGGCGAAUCCAGCAAGAAGCUGCUGGUGGAAUCGCUGCCCCCCAGCUCCAAGUCAUUCCAGGAAGCGCAGAGCGAGCUCAACCAGGCGGCGGCCGACCUGAACCAGGCGGCUGGGGAGGUGGUGCACUCCACGCGGGGCCAGAGUGGGGAGCUAGCGGCCGCCUCGGGGAAGUUCAGCGAGGACUUUGAUGAGUUUCUCGACGCGGGGAUUGAAAUGGCCGGCCAGGCUCAGACCAAAGAGGACCAGAUCCAGGUCAUCGGGAAUCUGAAGAACAUCUCCAUGGCUUCCAGCAAGCUGCUUCUGGCAGCCAAGUCUCUUUCGGUGGACCCCGGUGCCCCCAACGCCAAGAACCUCUUAGCGGCCGCUGCCAGAGCUGUCACAGAGAGCAUCAACCAGCUGAUCACCUUGUGUACCCAACAAGCGCCUGGCCAGAAGGAGUGCGACAACGCCCUCCGGGAGCUAGAGACGGUGAAGGAGAUGCUGGAAAACGCCAGUGAGCCCGUGAGCGACCAGUCGUACUUCGACUGCAUUGAAGGCGUCAUGGAGAACUCCAAGGUGCUGGGGGAAGCGAUGGCCGGCAUCUCCCAGAACGCCAAGACUGGCGACCUUCCUAUCUUCGGGGAGUGUGUGGGGGUGGCCUCCAAGGCCCUCUGCGGUCUGACCGAAGCGGCAGCUCAGGCCGCCUACCUGGUGGGCAUCUCGGACCCCAACAGCCAGGCUGGUCAACAGGGCCUCGUGGAUCCCAUCCAGUUUGCCCGCGCCAACCAGGCCAUCCAGAUGGCAUGCCAGAACUUGGUGGAUCCAGCCAGCAGUCCGUCCCAGGUCCUGUCGGCGGCGACCAUCGUGGCCAAGCACACCUCUGCCCUCUGCAACGCCUGCCGCAUUGCCUCCUCCAAAACGGCCAACCCCGUGGCCAAGAGGCACUUCGUCCAGUCGGCCAAGGAGGUGGCCAACAGCACCGCCAAUCUGGUGAAGACCAUCAAGGCGUCCCACACGCACGACGCCAUCCUGGAAGCAGCCCAGCUCAUGAAGGAAGCCGUGGACGACAUCAUGGUGACCUUGAAUGAGGCCGCCAGUGAAGUUGGCAUGGUGGGGAACAUGGUGGAUUCCAUCGCUGAAGCUAUGAGUAAGCUGGACGAAGGGACCCUGUCCGAUCCCAAAGGCUCCUUUGUCGACUACCAGACCACCGUUGUCAAAUUCUGCAGGGCCAUCGCAGUCACAGCCCAAGAGAUGAUGACCAAGGCGGUCACCAAUCCAGAGGAACUGGGAGGACUGGCCUCACAGAUGACCACCGACUACGGACACCUGGCUUCCCAGGGCCGGAUGGCAGCGGCGACUGCGGAACCAGAGGAGAUAGGCUUCCAGAUCAGAACCCGGGUUCAAGAACUUGGACACAGCUGCAUCUUCCUGGUGCAGAAAGCUGGGGCUCUGCAGAUAUGUCCAACCGACGCCUACACGAAGCGGGAGUUGAUCGAAUGCACCCGGGCGGUCAGUGAAAAGGUGUCCCUGGUGCUGUCGGCUCUCCAGGCGGGGAACAAGGGCACCCAGGCGUGCAUCACCGCUGCCAGCGCCGUCUCCGGCAUCAUCGCUGACCUGGAUACCACCAUCUUGUUUGCUGCGGCUGGGACGCUGAAUGCUGAAAACAACGAAUCCUUUGCCGAUCACAGGGAAAACAUCCUGAAGACGGCAAAGGCUUUGGUGGAGGACACCAAGCUGCUGGUCUCCGGAGCCGCCUCCAGCCAGGAGAGAUUGGCCCAAGCAGCCCAGUCUUCGGCCAGCACCAUCACGCAGCUGGCAGAGGUGGUGAAGCUGGGAGCAGCCAGCCUGGGCUCAGAUGACCCCGAAACGCAGUCACUUUCUACUCCAGUUGUCCCAGAAGAGGCCUGCUCCAGUGCAUUCUUGCUUGCUAUAGGCUCUUUUGGUCUCCAGGAAGUAGGGAACCACAUGUCUCAAAACAGCCAGCCCUGCUAG